AUGUCAAAGGCACCAGGAGACGUCGCCAGCUAUGAUGGAACCGGCGAUUGGUUCAAAGCGUAUGAGAAUGGAGUUACCGGUUCUCCAAGCCAGGACACCAAUUGGGGAACUUGGCAGAAGGACCGAAUUGAGUUCACCAUCCCAAAAGAAAUUCCGGAUGGCGAGUAUCUUGUUCGCCCAGAGCACAUCGCAAUCCACGAAGGACACGUUGGUAAGGCGCAGUUCUACAUGGAAUGUGCUCAACUCCGCAUUUCGGGCGGCGGAAACGGAACGCCGAGUCCUCUUGUGAAGAUUCCAGGCCUGUACAGUGCCCAGGAUCCCGGUAUUGCUUUCAACAAGUGGGGUGGCAACGUUGGCAACUACGAAAUGCCCGGUCCCGCUGUCUGGAGUGGUGGAGGCUCUGGCGGUAGCGCGUCGACCAGCUCGAGCGGCAACAAUUCUACUGCCGAAGUGUCAGUUGGUGGAACUGGUGCUGCUACUUCGGAUGCUUCUAGUCCUGGAGCCUCUACUUCUGGUGGCUCUACUCCUGGUGGCUCUGCGGGAUCUGCUGGUACUGGUGGCACGACUGGCACUAGUGCCGCCACUGGCUCGGCUGGACCAGCAAAUGGUUCCUCUGGCUCCCAAGCUGGUUCUUCCGGCGGCUCGUCCAACACAUGGGGUACCACUGCCGGACAGGCUCCAUCUUGGGGCUCUUGGACUGCUGGUCGCUUCCGCCGCAGCUUCAUUGCCUAG